AUGAGAGGGCUCCAAGUAUCUUCCAACUACCAUACUUACACCCCACCACCUCCCCCACAUCCACACUCCACCACAUCUUCUCCCACAGAAACUUCACCACCUCCUCCACCGAAUAUGCAGGCCAGGUCCACAGACAUUCCAUCAUCCUCAUUUCAACCUGAGGAAGUCACUCAAACUCACCUAGCAGAGGUACGACAAGCAGUGGAGAUCCUACAAGAUGAGCUUCAUCAUGCCCUCGACGCAGCAAUUGACCACCGGCGUGCGUUUGAAGAUCGAAUAGAGGCCAAGAUUGAUGCUUUUCAUCAAAUGAUGCUCCGCAACACCUCCACUACCACCCAAACAUCAUCCGAAACAACUCCCACCUCUGCUACACCUACCAUUUCCUUUGGUAGCAUUGCAUCAAUUGGCUUGUCUAUUCCAACCACACCAGCCCCUACCAACAUCACUUCCACUUUUCAACAUUCCCCCCACACUCCACCGUACACAUCUGCCCCAAACAUAUACUCUACCACCACGUCCCUACCUGCCUUCUCCUUUCAACAUACUCCUCCUCAGCCGCAAAUACAACACCACUAUCCUCCAUCCACUCAUCCCCAGCCCCGCCCUCACCUGUUCCAUAAUAACAUCCCACAACUACACAACCUACAACACCAGCCCCAAUUUCAAACCCAACAACACCACUACCGACCUCCGAAAGUGGAACUGCCUCGAUUCAUGGGCGACGAUGUAUCCGGUUGGUUUGCUAUGGCCGAGAGAUACCUCAACCAACAACGAAUAUCCCCAGAGGAACGAAUAGCAACUGUGGCAGCUCACUUGCGUCCUAAUCCAUCGUUAUGGAUGAACUUCUUCGAGCAACGCAACCCUUAUGCCACUUGGGAUCAGUUUCGAGUGGCCUUCUUAGAGCAAUUUGGUGGUGGCUCUAUUACUGAUUACAAAACAUGUAUCUCUCGCCUCCAGCAGCGUUCCUCCGUCGAUGCCUUCAUCUCUGAAUUCACGGUAUUGGCUUGCCGGAUUCCAGAUUGGCACGAUAAUGAUUUUCUGUCCAUAUUUAUCGGUGGGUUGAAGCCAGAAAUACAACAUGACGUCCGGAUAAUGGACCCCACAACCUUAGCCACGGCUCAACGAUUAGCACGCCGCUUGGAGAUCAAAAACAAUGACAAAGCACUUGGCCGUUUUCCUCGUCCGUUCGCCUGGCAAGCUGCAAACAGACAAACCACCUCUGGCCCUGCCACAUCCCUUUCUCCACUUAUACCCAACUCAAACCCCCUUCAGCUUUCUCAGACCCGUGCCCAAUCCACCCCAUCCCCCAUCAUUCCACAAUCAACUUCCCAAAACCCAAGACAUGGUCCCAAUGUUCGCUCUUGGCUUUCACAAUUUCAACGGGAACGUCGUGCUCUGGGUUUAUGCUAUCAGUGUGACGAGAAAUGGCACGACAAGCAUGUAUGCAAGCGACCAGUGUUGGCCCUUCUGGAAGACUCAAACCCAUGCGAACCCAUUGAUUCAUUAGCAGUUUCGGAAGAAACAGAAUUUACCGUGGUACAGGACGAGGCACUGGCCAUCCAUGCCAUCACUAACACCAAGGUAAGUGAGAUGAUGAGAUUUCUGGGCACAGCCAACAAUCACCCAAUCCGGAUCUUUGUCGAUUGUGGCUCGGCCAUGAAUUUUCUCAACCCAGAGGUCGCAUCCAAAAUUGGUUGCGUCAUUCAGCCUCCCACCUCCAUGCGUUUCAAAUCUGUCAGCGGAGAGCCGCUUAAGGCGUCGGGUACGGCCACAGAUGUUAAGAUUGCUUUCCAAGGAUACGAAUUCACCAAUUCCUUCAUGCUCUUACCUGUGACGGAUUGCGACUUGUUGCUUGGAGUUCAAUGGUUAGAUAAUCUCGGGUUUAUUGGGUGGCAUUUCGCAGAGAAAGUCAUGGCAUUCACUGCAAAUGGGCGUUGCCAUGUCUUGAAGGGUAUUACAGCAAAAACGUCCACAUUGGACCAGAAUGAGUUGUGUGCUCUAUUAUCUUCAGAUCAACUGGAAUGCUUCAAACCCGGGCUCAAGCCCACGGUCCAACAUGAGACAAUCCACCCACCACAAGUCCAACAACUCCUCACCUCCUAUGCAGAUUUAUUCUCUGCACCCAUUGAAUUACCACCCAGACGAGCCAUUGAUCACUGCAUUCCUUUACAACCGGGCACCGCUCCGGUCAACGUCCGACCAUAUAGAUAUGCUCAUUCACAGAAAUCCGAGCUGGAGUCACAGGUAAAGGAAAUGCUUGCACAAGGUAUCAUACGACCAAGUCGGAGUCCCUUUUCCUCACCGGUCUUGCUUGUUCGCAAAAAAGAAGGCACAUGGCGCUUUUGUGUUGAUUACCGCGCCCUCAAUGCCGUAACAAUUAAGGAUCGCUUUCCUAUUCCGGUGGUGGAUGAACUCCUUGAUGAAUUACAUGGAGCCACUUACUUCACCAAGCUUGAUCUACGUUCUGGCUACCAUCAAAUUCGCAUGAAUAAGGAAGACAUUCCCAAAACAGCCUUCCGAACUCAUGAAGGGCACUAUGAAUUUGUGGUAAUGCCUUUUGGGUUAUCUAAUGCUCCUUCCACUUUUCAAGCAUUGAUGAAUGACUUGCUUAAGAUGUUUCUACGUAAAUGUGUACUUGUAUUCUUUGACGAUAUCUUGAUUUAUAGCAAGGAUUUGGAAUCUCACAUGCAACAUCUUGAGAUGGUUUUUCGUAUUCUCCAUGACAACAAGCUGAAGCUUAAGGAAAGCAAGUGUGUUUUUGCGCAACACAAAGUUCAAUAUUUGGGCCAUGUCAUUUCAGGGGAAGGAGUGGCUGCUGACCCAGAAAAAAUAACUUGCUUGCUUAAUUGGCCGAAGCCCACCACUGUCAAAGCCAUGAGAGGUUUUCUGGGGCUCGCCGGGUAUUACCGAAGGCUAGUACGCAACUUUGGCAUUAUUGCACAACCCCUUACUCAAAUGCUCAAAGCAAAUCAGUUCCAAUGGUCUCCUGCUGCCGACACAGCCUUCGAGCAGCUGAAACAGGCAGUCACCACCACUCCAGUCCUAGCUCUCCCAGACUUCUCCAAACCCUUUACGGUAGAGACUGAUGCCUCCGGCACCGGUAUCGGCGCAGUUCUGUCCCAAGAUCGGCAUCCCAUCGCUUACUUAAGCAAGGCCUUAUCAUUGUAUCACCAAAAUAGCUCCACCUAUGACAAAGAGAUGAUGGCAAUCUUAUUUGCGGUGAGCAAAUGGAGGCACUACCUCUUGGGCCGCCGAUUUACAAUCAUCACUGACCACCAAACCUUGCGCCAUCUCCUUAACCAACGGAUUUCCACUCCGUCACAACACCGGUGGCUUUCUAAAUUGAUGGGUUAUGAUUAUGUGAUUGAGUAUCGUGCUGGUGCCCACAACACAGUCCCAGAUGCCCUUUCAAGACAAUUUGAGGUUUGUCCAAUCAUCACCAUCUCUGCCCCUGUAUGCGAUUUUGUGCAGCAAAUUGAUCAGGCUUGUUCUCGUGAUGACGAGGCUCGGUCCAUUAGGCAGGCACUACUGGCCGGUACGCCAACGAAGGUAGGGUAUUCUCUGGUCAAUGAUCGGUUGCACUACAAGAAUCGCAUCUUCGUGCCCCAGUCAUCAGAAUUCAGAGCCAAAUUGUUGUUUGUAUUUCAUGCCUCUCCCCAAGCAGGUCACUCGGGCUAUCUCCGCACCUAUGUGCGCCUCGCUCGCAACUUUGCUUGGCCGGGUAUGCGUAAGCAUAUCAAACAGUUUAUUGCGGGGUGUGACCAAUGUCAACGACAAUCGUAUGAGACGAUUAGACCACCUGGCCUUUUGCAACCUCUGCCCAUCCCGGAUGAGGUCUUUACGGAUAUAUCGAUGGACUUUAUCGAUUGA